AUGUCUGUCAUAUUAGCUUCUGCAGGUUACGACCACACAAUUAGGUUUUGGGAUGCUCUCACUGGUGUGUGCUCUCGAACAAUUCAGCAUACAGAUUCUCAGGUGAAUAGACUUGAAAUCACAUCAGAUAAGCGGUACUUGGCAGCGGCAGGGAACCUCUACGUCAGAUUGUACGAUAUUCGCCAAACAGGGAACUCCGGGAAUGGAACUACAUCUGCAGCCAAUAUCAGUAAUAAUCCAAACAAUAAUGGUAGCAGUAAUCACCCGAGUGGCGGAGGGGGUGGAACUGGUGGCGGAGCUGGUAGUUCGUCAGCCAGUAAUGGAUCCUCAAACAAUAAUUCUAAUCCUGUAAUGACGUUUGAAGGGCACACCAGCAACGUGACGUCUUUGGCAUUCCAAAUUGAGAAUAAAUGGAUGGUUACCUCGCUGGAAGAUGGAAUGGUUAAAGUUUGGGACGUAAGAACUCCUUCGGUGCAGAGGAAUUAUAAGCAUCACUGUCCCGUCAACGAAGUCGUGAUCCACCCAAACCAAGGUGAAUUGAUCAGUUGUGAUCAGGAUGGGAACAUUAGAAUUUGGGAUCUCGGUGAAAAUCAAUGUACACAUCACUUGAUUCCUGAGGAUGAUGUACCGAUAAAUUCCUUAUCUGUGGCCAGCGAUGGCUCGAUGCUUGUUGCUGGUAACAACAAAGGAAACUGCUAUGUGUGGAAAAUGCAGAACCAACGAGAUGUAACUUCGCUCACACCUGUGACGAAGUUUAGAUCACAUCUGAAGUAUAUUACUAGAGUAGUCCUCCUGACGGACAUGAGGCACUUAGCCACUUGUUCUGCAGAUCACACUGCCAGAAUUUGGUCGACAGAGCAGAAUUUCAACUUAGAAACUACUUUGCAGGGACACCAGAGAUGGGUUUGGGAUUGUGCUUUCAGUGCUGAUAGUGCUUAUUUGGUGACAGCAUGUUCUGAUCAUUAUGUUAGACUUUGGGACUUAUCCAAUAGUGAAACUGUCAGACAAUACAACGGGCACCACAAGGGAGCGGUGUGUGUCGCGUUGAACGAUGUGUAA